AUGCAAACGUACAAGCCAUCAGCUCAUAGGUUCAAAGCCAGUAGUAACGUUUGUGUGGCUACUUUUCUGCAGGGUCGAGAUAUGAAUAAAUUCACGAGUCAAAUGAAAAGAUUUAACAAAAUAAGGCAAGCGACAUCUCGCAAAUUAAAUGCAAUGACGCAGACGAUACGUUCAUACCACGAAGUUGGAUACCGUUGUCGUAUCGAAACUGUGGAAACUUUUGAUAAUUUGCAACAGUUGAUUGAAGCAUACCACGAUGAAGACGCUUUUAAGGUUCGGAGGGAGGCCAUCCUCGAAAGGAUGAUUGAUUCCGGCGUUUUAACGAGAAUCCCAGGCUUGGACUGGCGAAGGCAUUUAGUUGAUUGUGGUAUUCUCAACGAUUGUGACAUUCUCGAUUCGGCGCUGCGUUUGUUCAAAAACUAUGACGAAACAAUCCAGCUGACAAGAAUGUUGUGGCCAGAAGUACCAUCCACGUCCUUCCAAAAAUUAUCAAAUGAAUUUAUGAGUCAAGAAGACGAGCUUGUUCGAAGCGAUCUAAGAAGGGCGAUAGAAAAGUCUCCAUCGAACAUUCCUUGGAGGCAUUGGCUGCGAAAAUCAUGCGACCAAAAACCGACUCUCGAAGAGAACGAGAACCAUGAUGAGGAAGAAGAUUGUUCUAAUGUAGCAAACGACGAAGACAAUAGCGAAAAUGGCAUAAGCGAGAGUAGCGAAAGCGACUAUGACGAGAAACCGGCUGAGCUGGAAGCAGACCAGACGGUAUGGAUAUCGCCGAGGCUGAAGCUUUUACCGAAGGACGCCGGGUAUACAGAUGGCGAAUGCCGGACUUUUUUCAAAUCUGAUUUUAUUCGUUUUUUGAGAGCGUAUUCCGAAAUGGCACCAGAGUUGGUGGACCAGAUAAUUCCUUGCUUGAAACGAAUAGACUUUAGCGUUAUCAAUUGCUUUUUUAUCGGUUCUGUGCCAGGAGUUCACUCCUGUGACAACGAUGAAGAAGUUUAUUGGAGUCAUGAAAGAGUGGGGCGAAUUUUGGAAGAUCAUGCUUGUUUGCAAAAUUACGACGUGGGACGAUGUUGCAUCGUAAUGCAGUCAUCUUCAAUUGGAAGCGUUGGAGACGAUGCUGAUAAUAAUUGGUUGACCGGCGAGUUUUCUCGAGCAUUAUCAUCAGUUUUUGCUGCAGAGAACACCAACGAUACCAUUGAUACAAUCAAGACACCGAUAUUCCUCAUUUACCCAAGCGUUCGAGACUUGAGCAAUGCCAUUUCUUCGAAUAAUUGUCUCUGUUACAGCUCGGAAACACAUGCAAAGCAACAGUGGAUUUCAAAUCGUUGGAGAAAUAAUGCCCCCGGUGGUUCCGAAAUCGCUCCUCACAUCAAAUGUUUUUUAAGAACAGACCCCACCUUCACAAUUGCGUCUUGGUUUCUUUUGACAAGUGGGAACAUUAGCCAAGCAGCGUGGGGUAAAUUAAACAGCAGAGGCGGGCUUUACGUGACAAAUUUCGAAGCAGGUGUUUUGCUUCUCCCCUCAUUUGUGACUGGUAAUACGGCAUUUCCGUUGGCAACAUUGAAUGGUUCGAUAGAGAGUUUCAACAAAGACGUGGCAUCCCUCAUCGUGCCCUUUGAUUUGCCACCAGUGAGAUACUCACGCGAAACGGACGAGCCCUGCUUCAAAGAAUCUACAGAUUUAAAUUUUAGACAAAGAAAUCGUUCGCCUUGCAAGGACAAACAUCUUGCAAGCGACACCUCGCAAAUUAAAUGCAAUGGUCAGACGAUACGUUCAUACCACGAAGUUGGAAACCGUUGUCGUAUCGAAACUGUGGAAACUUUCGAUAAUUUGCAACAGUUGAUUGAAGCAUACCACGAUGAGGACGCUUUUAAGGUUCGGAGGAAGGCCAUCCUCGAAAGAAUGAUUGAUUCCGGCAUUUUAACGAGAAUCUCGGGCUUGGACUGGCAAAGGCAUUUAGUUGAUUGUGGUAUUCUCAACGAUUGUGAAAUUCUCGAUUCGGCGCUGCGGUUGUUCAAAAAUUAUGACGAAACAAUCCAGCUGCCAAGAAUGUUGUGGCCGGAAGUACCAUCCACGUCCUUCCAAAAAUUAUCAAUCGAAUCUAUGCGUCAAGAAGACGAGCUUGUUCGAAGCGAUCUGAGAAGUGCGAUUGAAAAGUCUCCAUCGAACAUUCCUUGGAGGCAUUGGCUGCGAAAAUCAUGCGACGAAAAACCGACUUUCGAAGAGAACGAAAACCAUGAUGAGGAAGAAGAUUGUCCUAAUGUAGCAAACGACGAAGACAAUAGCGAAAAUGGCAUAAGCGAGAGUAGCGAAAGUGACGAUGACGAAAAAGCGGCUGAGCUGGAAGCAGACCAGACGUUUUUCAGUCACCAAAAAACACGCCUGAAAAAGAUGUUGCCCGAGUUUCUCUUGCCAACAAGAUUACCGAUGAACGUUGGAAUCGGUCCAUCGCUUAUGUGUCAAAAAGAUAUUGUGAAAGCGUACGUCGCUGCCAACCGCAUGGCAUUCUUUCUGGAGGGGACUUACCUGAAAGGAAAAAAAUUUGAUACUGACUUGGUUCGAUUAAUGAGAGAACCUGCUAGAAGGAACAAGAGGAAGGUAGAACAUGUUCAGGCAAUAAAAGAUACGGAAUUAUUUCUACGGGAAUACGAGGACCAAAACAAGCAACUCCCAAAACUGUCACCAAUGGUGAUGCACCUUUUCGAGCGCCAAAUCGGGAUUGUUGGUAAUGCCAUACGAGUAGCAGAAAAAAGGGUGGAAAAAUUCCUCACUUCUGAUUCAACCACUCCAAAUGAGGACUCCCUGCGGUUGGAUAUCGGAAAACCCCGUCUUCGCAAAUCGGGUUUUAUAACUCCAAGCGACGUUGCCGACAUUAUUUUGACGCCUCCGUCAGCAAUGGGAUCGUGGGUAUUGUCAGCGACUAAAAUAAGUUCGGCGAAGCUCGAGAACCCAGCUUUUCGUCAACAACUGAUAGAUUAUAUCAAAGAAAAUAUAAAAAAAUUUCCUAGACGCCUGUGCAAAUGCAAUUCUUCUGAGAAUGUACGGUUUAGGGUGGUUUGGGGGCAAUCUGAGGCCGAAAUGGAAUCCAUGCUAAAAAAUUGGACAACCAGCAGUUCAACCAGUCUUCUGGCAGCUAUAAGAUUGUCCAUGGCCAACAAGACAACAAAGUCUAAAAUUGCAGACUUCAAAGAUUUUAUAUCCGGGCAGCAAUCAUCAUCGACGAGAAUCGAUGACGAAUCUCGGCAUAUCAUAAAAGUACCGAGAAAAGUACCACCUAAGCGACUGCAGCGACUACAAAAUUUGCGACAGUUUCGGAAAUACAUUGAGGUCACAAAUGACGAACUUCGUGAACCGAUAAAAUCACCUAAUUAUUUAGUACAGCAUGAAAAGGAAUUAUUAGGAAAUGCAACCGGCCCUUCAAUUUCUGCAGAAAUUGAUCACUCCUCAAUUGUAGUAGAAGAUGUGGUAACCUCUAUUGCAGAGGCCGAUAACGUCGUAAUGCGCGACUUACAAACACCUGUAAGAUUGACAUACGCGGACGAUGAGCGACUGAUGCGAUUUCUAUAUAAAUUCUUCAGCAAAGAAGAAUUUGAAGAUAUGAAAUCCUGGCAACAGUUGUUUCAGAAGUACGGAAAACUGGGAUCAAUCGAGGACCUCCUUGCUGGAAGAAAUAUUGAUUCUGUAUUCAAAAAGAUCCAACGGAUUAUUUUGCUGCCGCAAAAUAUCUUAGAAAGGAGAGGCUGCGACGCGGAUUGUGUUAGAGAAUUUUUUUAAAAAUUCGGUAAAUAGCACUAACGCAUCAAACACUAACACUGUUCUAUGUUCCAUGCCUGUUAAAAGAACAACCCCACAACCAUUGCCUCGUUUAUUUAGAAAUUAAGAUUUCCACGUCCUCUGCCGUUGAUAAGAAAAGUCCGACAAUCCUGAAAUUGCUAUCGUUUAUUUAGAAAUUAAUAUUUUCACGUUUUAUGCUGUUGUUUAUUUAGAAAUUGAGAUUUCCACGUCCUCUGCCUUUUGAAAAAAAAUCCCACAAUCCUG